GGGGCGGUGAGAGCGGCGGCGGCUUCCGCGUCGGGCGGGGGGCGGCGGGCGGCGGGCGGCGCUCGGUACCGCACGGGCGGCACCGGCGGCGUCUGAGAGGCGGUGGUCGUUGUCCGGCGCGCAGGGAAUGCGCCUGUGAGGGCGGCGGAGGAGCGGGUGCGGGUGAAGCCCGGGCGGAGCGGAGCGAUGUCCCAGCCCCAGCAGCCGCCGCCGCCGUCCCCUCAGCAGCAGCCGCAGCCGCCGCCUCCGUCCGCCUCCAAGAAGCGAGACCGGCGCAUCUUCUCGGGCACCUGCCCCGACCCCAAAUGCCAGGCGCGGCUGUUCUUUCCGGCGCACGGGCCGCAGGGCAGCGGCAGCAUCGAGUGCACGGACUGCGGGCGGCGCCACGAGCAGCGGCAGCUGCUGGCCGUGGAGGAGGUGACGGACCCCGACCUGGUGCUGCACAACCUGCUGCGGAAUGCGCUGCUGGGCGUCAGCGGCGCCGGCCCGCCCCGCAGGAACACCGAGCUCGUCAAAGUCAAUGGUCUCUCCAACUAUCACUGCAAGCUCCUGGCCCCCAUCCUGGCCCGCUACGGGAUGGACAAGCAGACUGGCAAAGCCAAGCUCCUUACGGAGAUGAACCAGGGAGACAUCUUUGAUUGCUCCCUCCUGGGCGACCGUGCCUUCCUUAUCGAGCCAGAGCACGUCGAAACCAUGGGUUACGGGAAGGACCGCUCCGGCAGCCUCAUCUACCUGCACGACACCCUGGAGGACAUCAAGAAGGCCAACAACAGUCAAGAGUGCCUCAUUCCUGUCCACGUGGAUGGAGAUGGCCACUGCCUUGUCCAUGCAGUCUCACGAGCACUUGUUGGCAGGGAACUGUUCUGGCAUGCUCUCCGAGAGAAUCUAAAGAAGCAUUUUGAGGAGAAUCUAAGCCACUACAAGGCGCUUUUCCAUGACUUUAUUGAUGCUGCAGAGUGGGAGGACAUUAUCAAUGAAUGUGACCCUUUGUUUGUUCCUCCAGAAGGUGUGCCAAUGGGCCUUAGGAAUAUUCACAUCUUUGGUCUGGCCAAUGUGCUUCACCGGCCUAUCAUCCUKUUAGACUCCCUGAGUGGAAUGCGAAGCUCUGGAGAUUAUUCAGCAACGUUCCUUCCUGGUCUAAUACCUCUGGAAAAGUGCAUGGGAAAAGAUGGCAUGUUGAACAAGCCGAUCUGUAUUGCAUGGAGUAGCUCAGGACGUAACCAUUAUAUUCCUCUGGUUGGAAUAAAAGGUGCUGCUUUACCUAAGCUGCCUAGGAAGCUACUUCCUAAAGCCUGGGGAGUUCCUCAAGACCUCAUCAAAAAGUACAUCAUGUUAGAGGACGAUGGUGGUUGUAUUAUUGGAGGAGACAGAAGUUUGCAGGAUAAGUACUUGAUGAGGCUUGUUGCUGCAAUGGAGGAGGUUUUCAUGAGUAAACACGGUAUCCAUCCCAGUCUUGUAGCUGAUGUGCAUCAGUAUUUCUACAGAAGGACUGGUGUAAUAGGGGUCCAGCCCGAAGAGGUCACUGCAGCUGCCAAAAAAGCAGUGAUGGACAACCGCCUUCACAGGUGCCUCAUCUGUGGGGCUCUUUCAGAGCAUCACGUUCCCCCAGAGUGGCUGGCUCCUGGGGGGAAGCUGUAUAACCUGGCAAAAAGUACCCAUGGCCAGCUAAGGCCUGACAAAAAUUACAGUUUUCCCCUAAACAGUUUGGUGUGUUCUUACAACCCYGUGAAGGAUGUGCUGGUACCAGACUAUGGGCUAAGCAACUUGACUGUUUGUAACUGGUGCCACGGUAACUUAAUGCGUCGUGUCAGAGAAGAUGGGUCUGUUUUGUAUAUUGAUGGAGACAGAACUAAUACUAGGUCUACAGGUGGCAAAUGUGGUUGUGGAUUCAAGCACUACUGGGAAGGUAAAGAAUAUGACAAUCUGCCUGAAGCUUUCCCUAUAACUCUAGAGUGGGGUGGAAGAGUGGUGAGAGAGACUGUCUACUGGUUCCAGUAUGAAAGUGACACCUCUUUGAACAGCAACGUGUAUGAUGUCGCYAUGAAACUUGUUACUAAGCAUUUCCCUGGUGAAUUUGGUAGCGAGAUUCUUGUUCAGAAAGUUGUCAACACAAUACUGCACCAAACUGCCAAAAAGAACCCUGAUGAUUAUACCCCUGUAAACAUCGAUGGUGCUCAUGCCCAAAGAGCUGAUGAUGUACAGCAAGGACAGGAGUUAGAGUCGCAACUUCCAACCAAAAUCAUUUUGACUGGGCAGAAGACUAAAACUUUGCACAAAGAGGAAUUGAAUAUGAGCAAAGCUGAAAGAACUAUUCAGCAGAACAUUGCGGACCAAGCUUCUGUAAUGCAGAAACGGAAAAGUGAAAAAUUGAAACAGGAACAUAAAGGGCAACCCAGGACUGCUUCUCCUGGGGCUGUUCGGGAAGGGCCCUCGUCUGCACCUGCUACACCAACCAAAACCCCRUAUUCUCCAACAUCUGCAAAAGAAAAGAAAAUUCGAAUAACCACCAAUGAUGGGAGACAGUCAAUGCUUACAUUGAAGUGCACUACCACCUUCUUGGAGCUACAGGAGGGCAUAGCGAGAGAAUUUAAUAUUCCCCCAUAUUUGCAAUGUAUUCGCUACGGCUUUCCUCCRAAAGAGCUUCUGCCUCCCAAAGAAGGCAUGGAAAAUGAGCCAGUUCCUUUGCAGCAUGGUGACAGAAUUGCCAUAGAAAUCCUGAAGGGCAAGGAGGAAGGCAGACAGGCUGCCUCAGCACACUCAGCCCAUGCUGUGAAGCACGAAGACGUUGCUGUGACCAGUAAGAUCUCAUCGAAGGAUCUGCAAGAACAAGUUGACAAGGAAAUGUAUUCACUCUGUCUUCUGGCAACACUCAUGGGAGAAGAUGUUUGGUCGUAUGCGAAGGGGCUUCCUCAGUUGUUUCAGCAGGGUGGAGUAUUCUACAGCAUAAUGAAGAAAACAACAGGUUUGGCUGAUGGCAAGCACUGCACUUUUCCACAUCUGCCUGGUAAAAACUUUGUGUACAAUGCAGCAGAAGACAGAUUAGAGCUGUGUGUGGAUGCUGCUGGGCACUUCCCAAUCGGUCCUGAUGUUGAAGAGCUGGUUAAAGAGGCCUUAAGUCAAGUGCGAGCAGAAGCUACUUCAAGAAGCAGAGAAGCAAGUCCUUCACAUGGAAUGCUGAAGCUGGGUAGUGGUGGAGUGGUGAAAAAGAAAUCUGAACAACUACAUAACAUAACUGCAUUUCAAGGAAAGGGUCAUUCCCUAGGAACUGCAUCUAGUAGUCAACAACAUGAUCAAAGAGCCAGGGAAACACCACUUUUAAGAAAGCAUAGCACAGAGACCGACUUCAGUCCUUCUGCUAAAAUUGAGCCUUCUGUAUUCACAGCUGCAUCUGGUAACAGUGAGCUUAUUCGAAUUGCUCCGGGAGUUGUGACAAUGAGAGACAGCAGGCAGCUUGACCCCACUUUGAUUGAGGCACAGAGAAAAAAGUUGCAGGAAAUGGUCUCUUCUAUUCAGGCUUCAAUGGAUAGACAUUUGCGGGAUCAGAAUACAGAGCAGUCAGCAUCAGUUGAUGUAUCUCAAAGAAAAGUAGAGGCAGUGAGUUCAACUGCUAAAACUGGGAGCUUUCAAGCUGCCUUACCUGAAUCGUUUUCUGCACCAGGUGGUACUGAACACUUGAAUACUGAAUCAACUGAUGGUAACAUGGUGAAUUCUGUGGGAACAACAUUCCCUGCAAGGUCUAAAGCACAAAAGGGAAAUUCUGUUGAGGAGCUUGAGGAGAUGGAUAGUCAAGAUGCAGGAAUCACUAAUGCAACUGAGCCAAUGGAUCACUCUUGAUAGGUUAAAAUCUAAUAAGGGUAGAAGA